AUGGCAGAAGAUCUUCAAUUGGAAUUACAGUCUAGCAUCUAUGCCGCGGACUGGAGCUCACUCGAGCGAAUGGCCAAGUUCUUCAAAGUUGAAUAUGAGGGAAAAACAAAAUUGUUUGUGGCGAAACGUGUUGCUCUACGGCUCGAUGAUGAAAUUGAAAAACUGAAGGAAGCCGAAGUCGUGCCGUACCUCAAGGACGUAAAAGAAAUGCUGACAGAGAAACCCCAUGGCAUCAAGAACGAUGAAGAAGAUGGUAAGCCAGUUCUAAGUGAUUCAAAACCUCCUCCCGUAGCGAAGGAAGAUCCUGUUCAAAAACUACUAGCGACUAGCGCGUUACGUAGACAGUUUAAGAUCAGUGGUCAAAUCGGGGAACCCGAGCAGAAAGACAAAAUUAGUUUUUCUUCCCUUAUGCGUCAAAUUCAAAUGGGGUUGGCCCAAGGUUAUGGCGAGAGUGAAAUUGUUGAUGGUGUUAUUCGCUCAAUUACACCUGGCAUGGUACUUAGGAGUUACCUCGAAACUUACGAAGAUUUGACAUUGGAUCGGUUAAAGAAAAUUCUCCGUAGCCACUAUGGUGCAAAGAAUACAUCAGAACUCUAUCAAACACUGGCAUCCCUAUGUCAGAGCCCAAAGGAGUCACCCCAGGCAUUUUUGAUGAAUGCUCUUGAUCUGAGGCAACAAAUCCUGUUUGCAUGUGGUGAAGAAGAAGGUGAAAUAUCCCUACAGUAUGACUCUGGACACAUACAACGUCUGUUUCUUCGGUCAGUAGAAACUGGUUUACAGGAUGAAAGUAUUCGUGCUAAGAUUCGCCCAUUCCUGAAGGACUCAAAUGUGACAGAUGAAGUGUUGAUGCAACAGAUGAGCAUGGCUACGUCAGCAGAAAAGGAAAGGGACAAGAAGCUUAAGAAUAAUACCAAGACCAAACAACCACCAUUAUCAGUGUCUGCGGUAUCUGAUGGCCCACCUAAAGAAAAAGGAAGGAGGCAAGAAGAACAGCCCUCAGAAUGAUCUUCUAACAGCUAUAAGUGCAAUCAAGUCAGAAGUCGAGGCAUUGAAAAGCGAGGUCAGGAAGAACAGCAAUCAAAGUGUACCUCCAGGCAAGUGGCCAGAGAGAAGAAGACCACCUUUGUGUUCAAGCUGCCUCGAGAACAGAAAGGAAUAUUGCAAUCACUGUUUUAAGUGUGGGAGCGAAUCUCAUCUGGCAAGGGGAUGCAGGAAGCAGUUAAACAGGAAUCGACUGCUCCCGCGAGACAGGAAGCAGUCGUAAACCCACCAAAGUCUCACCAAUGUAGCCACUGUUGUAAAACCGAGUAG